GGAAAAAAAAAGUGGAAAGAAAAGAAAAGUUUCUUUGCCGCGUUCGGAGCGGAGAAAGUUUUCUCGGCGCGGGAGGGAAGUUUGGGGGGACGAGGGAGACGCCGGGAUCAGGUUCCCUCAGCAUGUCGGGCCCCACCUGGCUGCCCCCAAAGCAAGCGGGGCUCCUGGCCCAGCCCGAUGUCCCUGCCUCGGGCACAGCCGCCUGCAAUGUCCAGAAGACCUUCGCCUCCGUCCCUGCAGCCCCCAGACCCACCCACCGAACUCCGGAGACCAAUGGGGGGAUGAGCUCAGCGGGGGGGCCCUCCCGAGACCAGCCACCCCCUCCAGGCCCCACUUUCCAUCCCCAGGAUUCUCCUGCGGACUCCCCCUACUCCUCCGUAAGUGAGCGAGGGUCUCGGGGAUCCUGGGAUAGCGCUACACCUCCCAGCUACACCCUGCAGGAGGGAGAAUCGCCGGAGCAGGCGCGUGGCCUUCACCCCACCAACCUCGAUGUCCAGAUAGAUUCGCUUACCAGCAUGUUGGCUGACAUGGAGGGCACCCAGCAACGCCGGAGCGAACGAGCCAACACGGAAUCUGCACCGUAUCCACCUCUGCAGCCUGGUACUCCCAAACCCAGCCCGGCUUCGGCUACUUACAAGCCCACCCUCUCGGGCGGCUUUGUGGCCCCCAAGCCGGAUGCCAAGACCCUGCCUUACGGAGGCCCACCAGGCUCUGGAUCCCCUUACCCAGCCACCCCAGUGCUUCCCUGCCAGUACGGCUCACCCGGCUUGGGGGAUGUCUACGGAUACCACCGUGCCCCGUUGGCACCCAAGCCGUACCCCCAGCCAAUGCCCGCCUCAUACGCCACGGCGUCCUCCUCAGCUGGGCCCCCCUUCAAUGUCCAGGUGAAGGUGGCCAAACCGGUGCUGGGCUACAACCAGCCCAGGCGCAGGGCCGAGCCGGCGUAUGGGCCCCCGUCCCCGCAACUAGGAUAUGGAGGGAAACCUCCCCCGCAAUAUGCCACCGAACCGGGGUCCCGUCCGCGCCCCCAUGAGGCCGAGCCUUGGUACCCAGAGCCUCCCUCCUAUGGCCAGCAACUGGGCGAGGGGGAAUUCUAUGCCGGCCCUGCAGGGCAGGGAAGGUUGGCACCGGCGGGGCAGUUCCAGUCUGGAUUGGUGAAAGCUGGGAAGGACGAGUUGACGGUGCCUCCGGUUCCUGCUGGCAUUGGGGGGCUGAGGUUCCCCCAUCAGCUUCCCUUGUGCCGCCCAGAAGAGGAGCUGGACCGUCUGACCAAGAAAUUGAUGUACGACCUGAACAAUCCUCCCACCGCGGAAUAUUUUGGCCGCUGCGCUCAGUGCGGGGAAAACGUGGUAGGCGACGGGACGGGCUGCGUGGCCAUGGACCAGGUCUUCCACGUCGAGUGCUUCACCUGUGCUACCUGCCGGUGCCGCCUGCGGGGACAGCCGUUCUACGCCAUUGACCGCCGGUCGUACUGUGAAUCCUGCUAUAUUGUGACCUUGGAGAAAUGUUCCAUGUGCUCCAAGUCCAUCAUGGAUCGGAUCCUGCGGGCCAUGGGCAAAGCUUACCACCCCCAGUGCUUCACCUGUGUGGUUUGCCACCGCUGCCUUGAUGGGAUCCCCUUCACCGUGGACGCCACCAGCCAGAUCCACUGCAUUGAAGAUUUCCACCGGAAAUUCGCCCCCCGAUGCUCUGUGUGCGGUGAAGCCAUCAUGCCCGAACCAGGUCAGGAGGAGACGGUGCGCAUCGUGGCCCUGGAUCGCAGCUUCCACAUCAACUGCUACAAGUGCGAGGUGAGCCGCGACGGGGGGGCUCCCUAA